UUGACACAUCAGGUAACCAUCACUCUGGGAAAACAGGUACUCUCUGAAAACUGGGCACUUUUAAUAAGAUUGAAAAGAAAGUGCUUAAACACUGAGGUGUCCAAAAAUUUAAUUUGGUUUGCAAAUACACAUUUUGACUCUUUUUCAAGUUUCUCAUUGUUUUCUUCUUUGUGUGUGUCUUUUCCUCGCUCUGUCUGAAAACAGAAAAAGGGGUAGAAAGCACUGUGUAACUAGAACAAUAUGUGUAUAUACACAUAUUAAUUGUAUACAUCUGUAUCAGUCAGCAGUUUAAUAUUUAGAUACCAUUUUGAUUACAUAGUUUAUUUUUUGUUUGUUUGGUUAAGGAUCUUCAGGAGGUUUUCAGAAUAUAUGGGCUGGCAUGGAAAGCAAAGCUAGAUUUUAUCAGAUAUAUCUCAAUGCUUCUUAAUACCAUGUACUUUCACCAGUUUUUUCUCUAUGCCUUGUUCUUUGUAGGCAGCACUUAGUACUUCAUAGUCCUUCAGAGAGAGUGCUGACUGGCUGAGAAGUCAUCCUGGAGAGCAGGGACACAGAGGGAGCUGUGGGCUCCGGCCCUUGACUUCUGAUGCUGAGCGAGGCAUGACACGCGUCGUGGGUGGCAAAAGUGCUGAGUCAGGGGCCUGGCCCUGGCUUGUCAGCAUCCAAGAUCCCUCAGUUUCAGGCACGGGGCAUCUGUGUGGAGGGUCCCUCAUCAGCACACAGUGGGUCCUCACAGCAGCCCACUGCUUUGCUGAGUCCAGGAACAUCAGUGCCAUGCGCCUGGUGAUCGGGGCCACCCAGCUGACUGAGCCGGGCCCUGAGGCCCAGGUGCGCCUGAUUAAGCGGCUGCUGGUUCACAAGGAGUACGAUCCUGCCGACCAGAGCAACGACAUCGCGCUGCUGGAACUCAACGAGCCUGUCCAGUGCAGCCCCUACAUCCAGCUGGUCUGCGUGCCCAACGCCACGCUGAACGUGGCACAGCUGGAAACCUGCUAUGUCGCUGGCUGGGGUGCCACCACUGCAAGAUCUCAACAAUCAAGUGAUGUCCUGCAGGAGGCCAAGGUCCACCUUAUCAAUGUCCAGGUCUGCAACAGCAGUGAGUGGUACCAGGGGGAUGUCCAUACCCACAACUUGUGUGCUGGCUACCCGGAGGGUGGCAUCGACACCUGCCAGGGUGACAGCGGGGGUCCACUCAUGUGCCAAGACAACAGCGCUGACUUCUUCUGGCUUGUCGGAGUGACCAGCUGGGGAAGAGGCUGCGCCAGAGCAAAACGGCCUGGAAUAUACACUUCUGUUCAGCACUUCUAUGACUGGAUUCUGGUCCAGAUGGAACUGCUUCCACAAGUAGAGGCUUCUCGGUCAUGGAGUCAUUAUACAACUGCCUCACAACCGUGGAUUCAUCAUACAAAUGCCCCAUGGCCCACUCAGAAGCCAUGGCCAAAACCACCUCCCACUCAGAAGCCAUGGCCGAGACCACCUCCCACUUAUAAGCCAUGGCCAACAACACUGCCUGCUCCAAAGCCAUGGCCAACAACACUGCCCCCUCCAAAGCCAUGGCCAACAACACUGCCUGCUCCGAAGCCAUGGCCAACAACACUGCCCCCUCCAAAGCCAUGGCCAACAACACUGCCUGCUCCGAAGCCAUGGCCACCAACACUGCCCACUUCUAAGCCAUGGCCAAAACCAACCCCCACUCAGAAGCCAAGUUCGAUACCCGCACCAGUGGAAGAGAUUAAGACCUGCCCAUUUCCACUCAAGAAGCUGAUGGAAUUCUUCACUCAGAUGCGGGACCUCCUGAAGAACCUACAGGGAAUUGCAGGUUGAGCAGGAGAAUGGACAGGAUCCAGUGCAGGUUGCAUCAGACCGUGACUGUUUCCUGCUGAGGCAAUGCCUGCUGAUCCAAAGGCCGCCUCAGUGCCGAAGGUCUGCUCUGUCUUGCCCACGUUACUCCUCUACAUGUAUGCAAGUGCUAAUGUUGACUUAGUUGCUGA